CAUAACAUUCGUCCGAAACUUUCACACUUACAAUUUUUCCAAUUUCACUCAUGUGAAGUGCAGUUGUGUUCAAAUGACAUAGAAUCAGCUUUCAGCAACCAGAAUGCAGUUAUUUAACUGCAUUUUAGUAAAAGCAAUUUGGAGAAAAUAAUGGAACGAGAACAUGUUAAUUAUAUUUUCUCGUGUGAAAAUAUCAUUUCGACUACAAGUCACUUUCGACUGCUUUAAACCUUUUCAAGAUUACAUUGUCAUAGAAAAAUAUUAACAAGGACUUAUGCAUGUAGAAAGAUUAAGACCCCAAGUUUUUCGUGACUCCUAUAAUGUUGGGACCUCCUAUGAUGGAUUAAGCCCAGGAAGUUCAUCUGACUAUGAUCGUAGUCUAGCAACUUCACGUGUUUACGAAAGAACACGAAUAUAUACUUUAGCAGUGGAAAGACAAACAGUUCAAAAGAAGACAUUCACAAAAUGGGCGAAUACAUUUUUAAGGAGAGUGGGACUUGAAAUAUACGAUCUUUUCUUGGAUCUACGUGAUGGGAAAAUCUUAUUACAGCUUUUGGAAAUUCUGUCUGGGAUUAAAAUGCCUAGUCCAACAUUGGGAAGGAUGAGGAUACAUUGUCUGGAAAAUAUUGACAAGUCACUUUACUUCCUAAGUAAUUAUGGUGUGCAUCUUGAAAAUAUUGGUGCACAUGACAUUGUUGACGGAAAUGCCAGAAUAACUCUCGGUCUAAUAUGGAUUAUUAUUCUUCGUUUUCAAAUUCAAGAUAUAACAUUUGUUGAGAAAAUAGAUCCACUGGGGAUCCAAAGUGAUGUUAGGAGGUAUUCAAAAGAUGCGUUGUUAUUAUGGUGCCAGUUGAAAACUUCAGGUUAUCGAAAUGUGGAUGUACAAAACUUUACAACUAGCUGGCGUGAUGGAUUAGCAUUCAAUGCUCUUAUUCACAGACAUCGCCCUGACCUGGUGAAUUUUGAUGAACUAUCAGUGAAUACACCACUACAGAAUCUGGAAUCAGCAUUUUUAGUUGCUGAAAAGAAAUUGGGUAUAGCCAGACUGUUUGAUCCUGAAGAUAUUUAUGUCCAGCAACCCGAUGAAAAGUCAAUUGUUACAUAUGUGGUUACAUACUAUCACUAUUUUUCAAAACUUAAGUCAGAAACUGUUCAAGCACGUCGUUUAGAAAAGUUCAUAAGCUAUUGGCGUGAUCUCCAGAAUUCUUUUAAUUGGUACGAGAGACGAACAUCAGAUCUUUUGGAGUGGAUAGCCAAGACAGUUUUGUGGCUGAAUGAUCGUCAUUUACCUAAUCAAGUUGAAGAGAUUCAACAGACUAUGGUCGAGUUUAAAGAGUAUCGUCUUCAUGAGAAGUCUGAUAAAUUCAACGAAAAAGGUGAACUUGAAGCUCAUUUUCUUUUAACAAGAAUGAAAAUGAGAACACUGGGCUUAAGAAAUUAUAUCCCGUCUACAGAAGCACAACUAUCCCAGAUUAACCGAGCCUGGAUUGCACUAGAGAAGGCAGAAUAUUCACGUGAGGUAGCUCUAAGAGAAGAACUUGCUAAACAGAAACGCUUAUUGCAUUUGUUCACACGUUUUGAGAAAAAGGCCAAUCUACGUAAAGCUUGGAUUAGUGAUAAUUACAAAUUAGUUGAAGUUUGUGAUGAUGACAGAAAUUUCGCAAUGACUGAAGCUUCGCUAAAAAAAUACGAAGCCUUAAAAGCCGAUAUUAAUGCAUAUUCCGACAGAAUACAAACAAUACAACAAAUUGCUGAUGAACUAAUCAGAAGUAACUUUUUCAAACACGAUACAGUUAUAAGAGUUAAAAAAGAGAUUCAACAUAUGUGGCAUCAGCUUUUAGCUAUAAUGAAUGAAAGGUAUAAAAUCCUUGAAAAUAGAAAGAAUUUAUUUAAAAAGUUUUCAGAAGCUGACUAUUUAAUGGAAUCUAUACAAAUACUCUUAUCAAAAUUACGUAGUGAUGAAUUUGAUGAUAAUUUAGCAGUUGUUGAAGAACGCUUAAAACAAUAUGAAAUUAUUGAGACAGAUAUACGUUCAAUACACCGAAAUAUUUCAGUACUUUUUGAAUUAGGAUCUCAAAUCGAAUAUUCUCCAGAGUUGUUUGGUUUUAAAACAAACAAUGUUAUAAUGGAUAUUAAAAGACAGAACAGUAUGUUAAAAAGUGCUUAUACUGAACUUGUCCAACUAGCUGAAUCUAAAAGACAGUCUAUAGAGUAUUUUAGACUAUAUCACAUUUUAAUGCAUGAAUUAGAAGAACAAUUGUCAUCAAUACAAGAACGUAUAUCUUAUUUGAAAAAAAGUGAAGCAUUUGUUGAUAAUGGAAAUGUCAAUGUAUUCUUUCGUCGUCAUAAAGUUGCAGAGUCUGAAUUAGAAGCACAAAGAUCAGUUAUAACUCAAUUGUUUGAAAGAACUUCUAAUCUUAUUGAUGAAAAGUCACAAAAUUAUGAAAAUUUAAGCGAUAAAGUUGAAAAAGUUGAAAAAGCUUGGGAGUAUCUUAUAAAUCUUAUGGCUAAACGUAAGACUGAUUUGUUGUUUAUGAAAGAUUUACAGGGUUUUAUGUUAAGCUGUGAUGAUGCUGAUUUAUGGAUAUCUGAGAAAUUGGAACUCAGUUCAAGUGUAAUGCAUACUGCUAUACAAACUGAUAGUAUUUAUACAAUAGAAAGACUAACAAAACAACAUCAAGAAACUAUUGUGAGUUUAAACAGUUUUCAAGAUUCUAUAGAACAACUAAGAAUUCAAGGGGAAGAGUUGUUGGAAUUUAUUGACUGUUUAGCAAGUGAGGCAGAAACUAGUAUAAAAUCUAGGGAAGAAGUCAGAAAUUCAGUAAAAAGCAGGGUCCAAAAGCUGUCGGAUUCAUUUGCUACACUUACCAGUUCUGUUCGUCAGACACAAUUACUUCUGUUAGAUGCUGUGUCACUUCAUCAAUUGUUCCAGAUGGCUUCAUCAACAUAUAACUGGAUUAUUGAAAAAGAAAUCUAUAUGCAACUCUUAAUAAUGGAUGACCUUCAAGAAGAAGAAAUAUGCAGGAUUAUAGAAGGUGAUAUCAAUACAAAUCAAGGCUUAAUUCAAAGACUAGAAAUUGUAAAGAAUAGAUUUUCUGAUUUGGAAGAACAGAUGAGCACAGCCGCUGAGCAGGUAUCUCACAUAAACAAUAUGAUCACAAAUUUUCUAAAUGAACCUAAAAGAGAUGACCAGGCAUUAGUUAAUAAAGAAAUAACAAUUGAAAAAGUUAUCAAUCUUCAAGAUCAUUUAAAUUCUGCAUGGAAUAGAAUUGCAGAUGCUGUAGAAUCUCACAGAGAUCGUAUAAUUGAAGAAUCAUUUUAUAUUAAUUUAUUUAUUGAAUGUAAAUAUACUUCUGAAUGGAUUACUGAGAAAGAAGCUGUCCUGUUUUCAACAGAUUCAAUUGAUGCUAACAGUUUAUCUGGUUUAGUUGAAUUAAGGAGGCGGUUAUACAACAUACAAGGAGAUUUAAAAGCUAUUGAAGCACGUGUUGAAAAUAUUGGUGAACGUAUAGGAGAAAUACUUAGCAUUCGAGAACAAGGAGAAGUUACGUAUGAUCAGCAAGAUAAAAGGUUAAAAUCUCGACAACGGGCAGAUUAUUUAAUGGAGGAACACAUGAAACUUACACAACACUGGCUUAAUUUAAAAGAUGCACUUCAAGAAAGAGUUAAUAGAAUAUCAACUGAAGGUCAAGUGAGUCGAUUCUUAGAAAAACUAGACUCUUUUCAAGAUUGGAUGAGAAAGCUAAAAACUGAUGUAUUUGUUCGUGAAUUUCCUAGUGAUUUACAGGAGACUGAAAAUCGCCUAACAAUUAUAGAGCAGAGUGUUCAAGAGAUCAAAGAUUAUGAGAAUGAAGCAAAUCAACUAUUUGAAACAGGCAGACAAAUACUUAAGGGUUAUUCUGAUACACCACAUAUAAUGUUAGGACAACGAUUAGCUGGACUUGAAGAAGACUGGAGAUCAAUUCAAGCAUCUAUGGUUGAUAGUACUACACGACUUCAAGAACGAUAUGCACUACAGUGCUUUUUAGCCGAAUCUGCACUACUAGAAGUAACUCUGGAUCAGCAGGCCACAUUUUUAAAUAAAGAGGAUCCACUGACCAAUUUAGACGCUGUACGUGAUGUACAAAAACAGUAUGAAACUUUCCGUUUCUCUUUAUUAACAUGUGAAGAUCGAGUGAAUGCAGCUUUAGAACUGGGAAGAAAAGUCGCUGAAAGAAAUCCUGCAAAUCGUGAUCGUGCAUUAGCCAAAUGUGAAUUAUUUAAACAAAAAUAUGAAGCCAAUCGAAUUAAAACAGAUGAACGAAUUACAUAUUUACAGGAGAAAGCACAACUUUAUGAAUUCUACGAAGAGCUGGAAGAUUUUGAAGACUGGAUUUCAGAUAAAACGAACAGUCUAAUGGAAAUUCAACUGGCGAUAAAGCAAAGAGCUCACUUAUCCUUCAGUCGUAUACAGGCAUUUGAGGAGGAAAUUGAAGUUAAUCGAAAUCGUGGAGAUCAUUUUAUUGAGGUUGGUCAGAAGCUUAUUGAAGUUUAUCCAGAUUUGGAAUAUGAUGUGAAAAGACAUCUAGAUCGCCUGCAUACACGCUGGGAGGAACUAGUUGAAUUAGUUCGACAUAUUUCAAAUGUAAUUGGUCAAGAUAAUAAAGAAAAGUCGAUGAAAGAGGCUAUUCAAAAAACUGCUGUUUGGCUGAAUGAAACGAAUGCACACUUACAGAAAGCAGAUGACAAGUUACCACCACCUGAUGAACUUGAUAUGACCACAUUGCAAACACAGAUAAAGGAGUUUGAAAAAAGACUUAAAGAUUAUGCAGACAGGAUCAGUGUUAUAAAUAUUUUAAAGAAUCAAGCUAGUGCACCUGAUUUCAGUCAAAGAGAGGAGUUUUCUGCAAUUAUCAGUGAUCUUGAGCGUAGAUUAUCAGCAUUAAAUGAACCACUGAAUCAAAAAGUAAUGAAUUUACAACUUCUGCAAACAUCAACUAAAGGUAUGGUAGAACUAACCUUGGAAGGUGCAUGGGUCAGAGAGAAGUUGUCACAAAUUGAAAACUUAUCGGAAGCUUUGGAACUUGAUCCAUUAAAAGCCUAUCAAAUUGGUCAAAGAUUAAUGGUAAUACACUGUUUGCAAAGACAGCUAAAAAGUCAUAUACUCGAAGCCAACAAUCGUAGACCAAGAGUAAAAGCUUUAUGCAAAAAUAUGGAAACUGAAUUCUGUUUACAAGGGGAGAAAAUUUCACCAGCUAGACAACAGCAACAAUGUAAACGUCUUAUUGAAGAUAUCUUAGAAUCAUGGCAGAAGCUGGACAGAAAUUUAACACGCCUACUUGAACGUAUUACAAUGUCUGAGUCAGUUUAUCAAUUUUUAUUUGAUGCUAGUGAAUUAGAGUCAUGGAUAUCGGAAGAAGAUUUCUACUUACAUGGGGUUGAAAUCCCUAAGAAUGAACAAAGUGCAUUGAAUAAUCUGAAGAAACACCAAACCAGAUCACAGACUAUUGAACAAUGGCAUGAACGUGUUAAAAAUCACAGUGAACAAGGUCGUAUACUUAGUCAACAGUUAAAAAUUCAGCAAACAAAAUAUCCUGAAGCAAAUAUUAUUCAAGAAUCACAGUUUUAUUUGAAAUUAAUUCCAACCUGUUUGGAUCGUAUCAGUCGUUCUUAUAAAAAUCUUCAAGAUAUUAGUAAUGAUAUAGCCAUGAUGUUGAAAGCAAGUGCUAUUAGAUAUGGUUUAACUCGUGAAGCUGAGGAAUUAGAGUUAUGGAUUAAUAAACGUGUUGCUCUGGCUACUAAUGAUGAACUUGGUGUUGAUCUGGAUCAUUGUUGUAAUCUCCGAGAUAAAUUUGUUAUAUUCUCCAAGGAGACUACACAAACUGGUUCACAAUUAGUUGCAUCAUUAUCAGCUAAAUGCGUACAUCUUAUUGCUUUAGGCAAGUCUGAUUCAGUUGUAAUAGCAUCAAUUAAAGAUAACAUCAAUGAAAUUUGGGCUGAAUUAUUGGAGUUAAUCGAGACAAGAAGGCAGUUACUCAAAGCUGCAUUAGACAUGCAUCGGUUUGUUAAUGACUGCAGGGAUUUUGAAGAGCGAAUAUGUCAUCGUCUAGAAUAUCUUCCUGAAGCUCCAUCAGAUUCCAUAGCUUCUGGAAGAAAACAAGGUUUACCAGGUUUACAAAGAAGUCACAAUUUAUUAGAACAAGAGCUUGCAUGCUUCAGUGAUCAGUUGAAACAGUUAGAUUUAACAGCUAAGCGAUUGUUACCUCGUUAUGCUGGCGUACAAGCUGAACAGUUACAAGCACAUCAUGAACGUGUUCAAAUGAUAUGGAAGCGUUUAUUAAAAGUUAUUCAAAUAAGACGUGAAUUGUUAAAGGAAGCCAGUCGAUUAUAUGACUUUUUAGUCAAUGCUCGUGAAUUAAUUUCAUGGUUAGAGUAUGCUAAAGAUGUCAUGGAACACAAAGAAAGACCAAGAGAUAUAUCCGGUGUUGAAUAUUUGAUUGAAGAUCAUAAGCAAUUACGCGUGGAGUUAGAGUCGCGUAACCAGCGUAUUGAAGAGUGUCUAAAUCUGGGAAGAACUUUAUUGGCCGAAUUCGCGGCUAGUGAAGCAAAACCAUCACCAACACCGGUGAAACCAAAUUUAGUGGCUACACGUACUGAAGUCCGUGAACGAUGUGUGCAAUUGGCAACUGGUCGUAUUUUAUUAAAUGAAUUAUGGCGUGAAAGGUGGGAUCGUUUACACUUGCUACUUGAAAUACGUCAAUUCGCCCGAGAUGCAAACAGUGCAGAAAUAUGGUUAAUUGGCAAAGAACUGCAACUUGAAUCAGCUCGUCGACAGCUGGGGGAAACAUUAGCUGAAACUUUAGCCUUACUUGGUGCACAUUAUGCAUUUCAACAGACUUUAGCAACAGCCGAUGAGAGAUUCAAUGCACUGAAAAGACUGACCACACUUGAACUUAGGGCAAUGAAAUGGGAUCCACAAGAAGCUACAAUACGAGAAAACGAAAAAAGAGCGAAGGUACGAAACGCUGUCAAAGAAUUUCUGCCAGCAUACGUAGAGGAACCUGAGACUUUGAAGAAACCAACCACUGCCUUACCAUUUCAUACAACUGCUAUCACAUCGACAAAGUUACCACUUGUAUCUGCUGCAUACAUACAACCACCACCUGUAAAACCCUUGAGAAAACAAACUGAAGGAGGCGAAACACCAGUUACACCUGGAAAAGUUACGAGCAAGUUUCAACCAGCAUCUGAUACUAUGCAGGUGUUGGGUAAAAUGACCACACCUACGAAAGUGCAUAAAUCGCUUAAGAGUAGUGAAGAAGAAUUAGAACACCAGGAAGCACUAAAGUCACCCAAGCCUGUUAAGCGAAGUCGUUCUAAGCAAAUUCCACAAGGGACCGUCACUAGAAGAGUUUCACUUGUUGUGACCAAAGAGGAGAGUUUACCUGCAACGCGUGAAUCAGAUGAUGGUAGUCAGAUGUCUAGAACUCAGUCGGAGGACACUGAAACACAUGUCAGGAAACCACCCCCAAAUCAUCGUCAAAUUGAGGAAGCUAGUGAUGGGAGCAUAAAAGCGCAUACACCUGAAACUAGUGAACAAUCUCACGAACACCAACAGGAAUCCCGACAUCGAAUUCGUCUAAUGAGGGCUACAUCAUCUCCUUCUGAUGUGCCCUCUGCAGAAGCUGCUAGCCCAGUAAUAUCCAGGCUAAAGGUUUCCAGACAUGAUGACGAUCCAGGUAAAUCUUCACAAGUACCUGAGGUAUCAACAAGUGAACAGCCAUCGUUGCCAAAAUUAGAGGGCCCAGUCAUUAGAAAACACGAUGUAGAUCCUGGUGGAUCACUUCAUUCAAGAAGUCAUGGUCGAAGUUGGCUACCACUGUAUUUGGUUCUCGAUUCAGGACAACUGUAUGUUUAUAAGGACAAUCAGAGUCGUCGUGAGAAACCAAACACUUAUUAUCACGAUGAAGCACCCAUAAGUUUGUUGUCAGCCAGAGCUGCUCCUGCUAUAGACUAUACUAAACGACCAUGCAUAUUUCGUCUACGUCUUGGCGAUGGUAGUGAAUACCUUUUCCAAACUGCGAACGACAAUGUACUUCAACGUUGGGUAUCAGCUAUCAAUGAAUCAGCUAAAUGUUUAGCUAGUGAAGCAGGAAAACACUCUACCGCUCGAUCAUUGACACUACCUGUUAGAGGUUAUACAAUGAGUUCACGGAGUAAUGGACAACGUCGGUCAAUUAAAAAUUUUUUCUCUUUACGUCGUAAAUCGUGAUACUAACCGAACAACCUUGUAGUGCUGUUACAUAGUUUUUGUCUAAGAAACAAUGCAUAAUUAUUCAUAUCUAUAUCCUUAAUUCAAAUUAUCCAUAAAAUGAAUUGUCUCAGCUUUCGGUAUAAUUCCAUUUUUACAUUCGUUUUCGUUGUUCGUAUGAAAUUAAAUUUCGAUAACUACCUUUCGCACAGUUUUGAAAAUCUUUUCGAUAUUUUGAAUGAGAAUCACUUUCUCAUCCCCUUUCUGUUUCUCUCAGACAAACACUUUCCUUGUCCACUGAAAUCGCAUGUAUAGAAGCAAACAUUCCAGUCUUCUUCCUUUAGUGAUUAGACUUAUAUAAUGUUCGGUAAUCUUAAGCUCGAAAUUUCGAUUCUCUGUUAAUAAACAAUAUUCUGAUCUUUAAUUCAAAUCACAGCUAAUUUGUUGUCGAAAGAUAUUUGAAAUUAGUUCAUAAGAACACUGAUAUCUUGUAAAAGCAUUCAUUAGGAUUUUUCGAAUUAUCUGCUUUCUCUUUCGUUGUCUCAAAUUAUGUAAUCUGUCUUCAGGAGUGCAAUCAUCAAAAGAUCACUGAAUGUGAAAAGCUCAAAUCGAAGCCUUUUUUGAAAAUAUUCAUUCCAUUGUACAUAAAUCACAUUACACAUUUAAGUAUUUUACAGUUGUUUAGACACAGAAAUGAUUACUUCUGAUUAACCUGUACAAUUCCAUAAACGAAAAACAUUUCUGAAUGAAUUGUGCAGUAAUAUAAUUGCAAACAACUCCUUUCUUGUUCACAGCUCCGCAACAUUCUGUAUCACCAAUGCUUUUCAAAAACAUUUUACGGCUCUAACUAUUCAUAGUAAUCAAUAAAAUAUAAUGAAUAAUCGCU